AUGCCUAGAGCGAGGAGAACUUCGUUCACGUCAAGUUUAGACGUGAAUUCCUUUUCUACCGAUGUAUACACUUUGGAGAAGACCGGGCGGGAGGUUGCCCGAGGCCGGUGGAUCACAGUCGAACCUCUGCUGAUUCUCUCCAACAUGGCUAGCGCCGGUCUCCUGGUGACGAGGUUGCAGUACCUCCGCGCCCGCAUCGCGCAUGAUAAAUUCAACCAGACUUCUGAUUAUGGCGCAAACGAGUCAUCGGAAUGCGACGAAGCCAUCCAGAAUAGCAGUAGUAUUCAACUGCAGCAGGCGAUUCAAGUCGAGUUAUCGCUUUAUUCGCUGAUCUUGAACGCACUUAGUACUUUUCCCGCCAUUUUCUCGACGAUACUCUUUGGAUCACUCAGCGAUCGCAUUGGACGGAGGAUCGGUCUCGUCGUGCCGAUCAUUGGUCUGGUCAUUCAGUGCGCGCUUUACGUCACCAUCUUCUACGCGCAUCUACCAAUAUGGGUGUGUUUUGUUGCUGAUACGUUACAGGGCCUUGCAGGUGGAUAUGGACUUUUGCUCAGUACAGCAUCAGCAUACAUCGCUGACGUCACUAGUGUGGAGCAGCGAACAUGGCGUCUCGUCAUUGCGGAGGCGGCGCUUGUUCUAGGCUCCGGAGUGAUCCAGCCAAUCAACGGCUUCAUUAUACAAUACUGUGGUAUAGGCGUGGCCUUCUGUACUUCGCUAGGCGUGGCGUUGCCAGGGUUACUUUAUGCCGUGUGUCCAUUGACCACGCCCGAAACGGUAGAGGAAGAUACGGAGGAAACAUUUUCUGAAUACAUCAAAGAUAUCUUUCGCGGGAUUUACCGCUUGCUUUCCAUCAACGUCAACGGCAGACGUUGGAAGAUCGCUUUCCUCUUUAUCGCCGAACUCUUCUUGAAUACCGUGAUCAACGGGCUUCAGAUCGUCCCCACCUAUGGGCUCGGUCCACCGUUCUGCUGGGGCCCGAGUAUUGUGGGCUAUUUUACCGCCGCUGUGGCUAUCUUACCCGUCAUCGGUGUAACAGUAGCUGUGAAACUGUUCGGAAUUUGUAUGGAUGAUUUGUGGAUGAUCUUUUGCGGAACGUUGGCCAUGGCAGCCUCCUGCGUGGCGACAGGUGUAGCGCCCUCUACGCCGUAUCUAUUCAUAGCACUGGUUCCAUACAGCAUAGGAUGUCUCAUCUCGCCUGUUAUGAAAGGCGUCCUUUCUAAACUCGUUGAUGAACAUGAACAGGGUAGGUUGGCCUUAUAG